GCCCGGCCCGGCCGGCCGGCCUCCCCUCCCGCGCAUGGAGCUGGGCUGGGCGUGCAGCCUCGCCGCGGGGCUGCUCUUCCUCGGCGGUCUCGCGGUGAGACUCCUGCGCGCGGACCUGUUGCCGGGCCGGCUCCUGCCGCUGCGGGUGGGGCUGGUGGCCCUCCUGCCGGCGCUCGGCCACGCCGCCCUGCCUCUGCCCCUCAGCGCCGCCCUCACGGGGGCUGCCUGCUGGCUCGUCGCGGCCAGCGCCACCCGACGGAAGAGGAUCCCCGCGGCGGGGAAGGCGGUGGUGGUGACAGGAUGUGAUUCAGGCUUUGGCAAGGCAGCUGCCCAGCGUUUGGAUGGGCUGGGGUUCACUGUCUACGCCAGUGUGCUGGACCUGAAGAGCUCUGGGGCAGAAGAGCUUCGGCAGACGUGCUCACCACGGUUGACCCUUGUGGAAAUGGACCUUACUAAAGCUGAGGACAUUCAGCGAGCCCUGCAGUUCAUCAAGGCCCAGACCGUAAGGACAGGUCUCUGGGGCCUUGUGAACAACGCCGGGUUCAACAGCACCAUUGCCGACGCAGAGCUGACUCCGCUGCCCCAUUUCCGCACCUGCAUGGAGGUGAACUUCUUCGGCACCUUGGGGCUGACCCAAGGGCUGCUGCCCUUGCUCCGCUCGUCUCGGGGUAGGAUUGUCACAGUCAGCAGCCCGGCUGGCAACAUGCCCUACCCCUGCCUAGCUGGCUAUGGUGCCUCCAAAGCGGCUCUCAGCCUUUUGAUGGACACGUUCCGGUGUGAGCUUGCACCCUGGGGGAUCAGAGUGAGCGUUAUUUUUCCAGGGUACUUCAGAACAGGUGGCACUUGUAACCCUGAGUGUUGGAAGGAAAGGAAGGACCAGCUCCUCGCAGCGUUACCUGCGGACCUUCUUGAAGCCUACGGAGAGGAGUAUCUUGAGGAGAUCAACAAGCAGUUUGUGGAGUUCAUGAAGACGGCUGUGGAGGAUCUCAGCUCUGUGGUGGACAGUAUCACUGAUGCCCUCCUUGCCACCAAGCCACUGCUAAACUACUACCCAGGGAGGGGCCUGUGGCUCAUGUACCUCAUCCACCACUACCUCCCCCACACAGUCCGGGACCUUUUCCUGAAAGUCUUUUUUAUCAAUCCAAAGCUACCCAAGGGGUUGUGUCCCAAGGUUGACCACACACCUGAGCAACCGUGAGAGCUGUCUGGGUUCUUUUGCACUCUCACUAGGAAAGCUCUGGAAAAUAUUUCCAUGGGAAGGGUACCCUUUUUAUUCUACCAGUAUCCCACAACCUAGAAGAGGAAUUUGUUUCUAAAGAAACAUGCCCGCUCAGUUUUGUCAGUCCCAAGGGACAAAUCCUGGGUUGCCUCCCAGAAUGACUUUUCUUGGGGGGACACAGGAAGCACAUCUGCCCGGUUCCUACUCCGCAAGGCCUUGAACACCUGGGUGUGGAUAGAAGCACCGUCCUUUUGAACAAGUAACUUCACCUUGGCUCUCUCCACCUCGCCCAGGUGUGCCACAGGAGGGGGCGGAAGCUGCUGCCGGCUGAAACAAAGGGCUUCCGUGCAUCUCCAGUCUACGAUAUACCUCCAGAAACAUUGCCUAAGCCAAACAGCUACCUUUUCUUGCCACUUGCGGGGCAGGGGCUGACCUCCAAUACAGUGGCCUUUUGCUUGCUGAUGAGCCAAAUGUGCCUCUGAGGCUCGGGGCAUGGCCAGUUUUCUUCCCUAAAGAGACUUCUUCCCUGCAUCUCUCAUGACUGUGCAGGGGCAGCAUCAGGGCAGCCUCACUGAUGUGCCACCAAGAGCCUUAAGGCCGAUGGCCUGCCAUUUAUUUUCAGAAGGAACACAAUUGUAUUGUUACUUAGAAAGUUAAAUAAAAAUUAUUUCAUUA